AUGCCACCCAAAAAGGGCUCGCCGUCAGGCAAGUCUAGAACCAACGCGGCGCCAAAGCGCAUGGGCAGCCUCAGCUCAUUCCAACCAAUGUUGAACUUCGCGCGCGUCCCUUCCGGCGGUGUGUCCACAUCGUCACCAGCCUCAGCUUCAGGCUCGACCUCAAAUGCGACAACUGGUCCCAGUGUGCGGCCCGCUUCUGGUCGCAGUGUCAGCGGCCCGGUGGCGUCGACCUCGAAGAGCAUGCCGCCGCCUCCACUUCCGCGACGGGGCCAAGCCAAGUCGGUGCCAGCUCCCGCGGCCAAGGGCAGGCCCGCGACCAAGAGCACAGGGGACAAGGGUAAAGGAAAGCUGAAAAUGGAAGACAAUGAGGUCGUCGAGGUGAUCAGCAGCGAUGAGGACGACAUGCCAAAGAAGCGGCGACGACCAGCACCUAGCGCGGGCAAAGAGCCAGCCGUGGACAUGGACAAGGCGGCGAUGUGGACAGAUAUUUUUGGACCUGAGACCGAGGCCGAACUGGCGCCAGGUAAAGCGAGGAUAACGAAGGUCCGCGAAUGGCUGUACGAAGCUAUCCACGGCGUUCCCGAGGCAGCGGUACACAGCCAGGGAUACAGCCCGAGUACUGCUCGCAUCCUUCUUGUGACGGGUCCCGCGGGUAUCGGCAAAGCAACCACGGUCCGCCUUCUUGCGAGUCAGCUCGGUAUCGACCUUGUGGAGUGGACAGAAGGCGUAGAGGAGCGUCAUCUGGGCGUCGGGUUUGAAACCGAAUCUGCCAUCUCCAAGCUCUCCUCCUUCCUCUCUCGCAACGCCUACCCGGCUCUCAACCUCGGCUUGGGUGCCUCGAGCUCGUCCCAGACGCAGAUGCAUCGCCCCCGUGCGCUCCUCAUGACCUCGUUGCCCAACAUCGGCCACCAAGCGACGCGCACCGCGUUCCACGACGCCCUCCUCAGCUUUUGCCACAACUAUACGCCAUCCAGCUGUCCCCUCAUCAUCGUGCAUAGCGAGUCAGGACAAGGCGGCCGCGCGGAGGAGAGCUGGAUGGACCGUGAGCGCGGUGGUUAUGAGGGUAUCCUCGAAGUCGUUGGGAGGGAGGUCAAGGAUGGACCCUGGUGUGCCGAGAUUGAAUUCCUGUCUCUGGCACCCACGUUCCUCACCAAGGCGCUCAACCGCGUCCUCGGUCUGGCCAUCUCGGACCCGGCGAAACGCCCCUCCCCAGGUGCCGUGCAGCUGAUCUCGUUGUCGGCGAACGGCGACCUCCGCUCAGCUAUCAACUCACUCCAGAUGCUGUGCAGUGGGAGCGUGCUCAAGAACAAGAAGCGCAAGACGGGCGAGUCGAGGGAGAAGGCUACUGGGCGUGGGAGCAGAGGUGGCAGGGGAACGAAGGUUGACGUUAGCGACGAGAUUCGCGCCGCCCUGGAUGCGGUCACGCGCCGUGAGCAGUCACUCAAUCUGUUCCAUGCGCUUGGCAAGGUGUUCUACAACAAACGUCUCGACGACCCAACCACGGACAACGACGAUCAGGAGGCUAUCGCGGCCAUCCGCAAGCUGGCACUCGAUGACCCACUUCCACCCCAUCUUGGAGAGUUUGAGCGCCGAAAGUCCAUGGUCCAGAUGGAGACCUUUAUCCCCACAAUUCCCGUCGACACGUCCAUGUUUGCGCUGUGGCUCCACCACAACAUCCCACAGUUCUGCACCGACGUUGAGCAGGUCAGCUCCAUCAUGGACGAUCUAUGUGGCGCCGACCUGAUGCGCACCGAGGACGAUAUCUGGCAAUCCAGCCCACAAGCCAUUGCUUACGCUCUUCACCUGACUGUGCGGGGUACGCUCAUGGGCCUCCCCUCACCCGUGCCGAGGAACCACCAAAAGGUGGUCAAGCCUCAGUUCUUCGAGUCAUACCACACGGAGAGGGCGAACACGUCACUCCUCGACGUGGCGACUGGCCACCUCGCCAGAAAGGCCGUGUCGGCCAGCAUAGCCUAUGCCGACGGCGAGGCUGACGAUGGACCGCCAUGGGGAGGUACUGAGUCUAAGCUUGUUCUUGCGACGGAAACAGUGCCCAUGGCAGUCAAGAUCCAGUCGCUCUCGAGAAAACCCUUGUUGCCCAUAUCUGUACAGCCACUGGCCCUGCAACCCUAUUCGGCGUACUCAUCAGGCAUGUUCCUAGGAGAGGAGCUGUCCAGUGUGUCGCGACAAGGCGAAGAGGACGAGAGUUUUGACGCGACGGCGGCGGGUGAGGACGGAUUGGGAGUGGUGCCUGAUGCGCGUCAUCCUGGUCUUUGGGACGAAGAUGCCGAUGGAAAGCAGGGCAAAGAACAACUGGGAUGGCUCGAGGACGACGACAUCGAAGACUUUGACUAG